UCCCGCUUUACUCGAUUACCGACGCCCCAAAAGGGCGCCUAGGGCGGAAAUCCGCGAACAACAUCGCAUCGCAUCGAUUGAAGAAAGAAACAAAAACGUGUGCAAUUUUCAGUCUGUCUCUCUUAUCUAAUUUUUCCUCCUCUCACAGCCUGUAAUUUUUUUUGCACGGCUCCUUCUCGUGUCUUUACAUAAAAAAGAUUCCUUUUAUUUCCAUAUUACAUAAAAAAUUACAAAUCAAAUUAAAAUGAAAUGAAAAAAGCCCGACGCCACCAUCUCAGAGCUGCCUCUGCGAAUCACAAUCCGGUUCGAAUUCGAUUGCUUUCCAUUUGAUGCUUGCUGUCAGGAGAUUUUCUUUUUUUCUUUUUUUGGGGUGGAUUUAGAGCUCAAUUUAUUUUUCAUUUAAGCUUGUAAUGAAAUUUUAUUAGCAUGAGGCAUGGCAUAAGCAAUAAGCUGAGCCGUUUUUGGUCAAAUUUCAGCGACGAUGAAGGGAAUUAGAGACUGGGUUUUCACUCAGGUACUAUCCAACCCGUUGGCCUCGUCUAGACCACUGUCCGGCAGUGGUGGCUUCUUUCCCCGGGCUCCUUCGUCUCAGGAGUUAGAAUCUGGUGAUCAAGGUUCAUCUCACAGUUCCGGUUCAGUAGCAUUGUCGGUGCCCCCUGAUACAUCAUACUCUUCUGGUAAUAUUCAUGAUAAUGACCUUUAUACGUCGAAGCAGCAAAUCCUAGUUGAAGAUUCUAAUCUGUCACAAAAUAGUACUAAUAGAAAAAAGAUGGAUCCACUGGCAAAGAUUGAGGAUCUCCAGAUUAAGCUCUUGCGUCUUCUCCAACGGUUGGGGCAAUCACAAGACAACCUUCUGGUGGCAAAAGUUUUAUAUAGGAUGCAUCUAGCAACUUUGAUACGAGCAGGGGAAUCAGAUUUAAAAAGAGUGAACUUAAGAAACGAGAGAGCCAAAACAAUAGCAAGAGAACAGGAGGCAUCUGGGGUGCCAGAAUUAGAUUUCUCUAUUAAAAUACUUGUCCUUGGCAAAACAGGCGUUGGCAAGAGUGCAACCAUAAAUUCUAUCUUUGAUGAACCUAAAACUAAGACCAAUGCAUUUCAGCCUGCCACUGAUUGCAUUCAAGAGGUCAUGGGAACUGUUAAUGGGAUUAAAGUAACAUUCAUUGAUACCCCUGGUUUCUUGCCUUCAUCUACAAGCAAUGUGAGAAGAAAUAGGAAGAUUAUGCUGUCUGUGAAGAGGUUCAUUAGAAGAUCUCCUCCUGAUGUUGUUUUAUAUUUUGAAAGGCUUGACCUCAUCAACAUGGGUUAUAGUGAUUUCCCCCUUUUGAAGCUUAUGACUGAAGUUUUUGGUAGUGCCAUUUGGUUUAACACCAUCCUUGUCAUGACACAUUCUUCUCCUACUCUUCCAGAAGGACCCAAUGGGUAUCCUGUCAGUUAUGAAUCUUAUGUUAACCAUUGCACUGAUUUGGUGCAGCAAUAUAUACACCAGACAGUAUCUGACUCGAGGCUUGAAAACCCUGUACUUUUAGUAGAGAAUGACCCUCGGUGCAAAAGAAAUUUCAUGGGGGAAAAUAUACUUCCAAAUGGACAGGUUUGGAAAUCUCAAUUCUUGUUAUUAUGCAUUUGUACAAAGGUUCUUGGUGAUGCCAACACCCUCUUGGAAUUUCAAAACAGCAUUGAGCUAGGACCAUUAAGUAACAAUCGAUUGCCUUCCCUGCCUCAUCUUCUCUCAUCUUUUCUACAUCAUCGGUCAGUAUCAAAUCCAGCUGAACCAGAAAAUGAAAUUGAUGAGGUUCUGGUCUCGGAUGCAGAAGAAGAGGAGUAUGAUCAAUUGCCUUCAAUUCGAAUCCUGACAAAGUCUCAAUUUAAAAAAUUGACUAAACCCCAGAAAAAAGCCUAUCUUGAUGAACUGGAAUACAGAGAGACUCUUUAUUUGAAGAAACAGUUGAAGGAAGAGUGCCUGAGACGGAAGGAAAGCAAACUCUCCAAAGAGAAAAGCUUUGAAGGUGGUGAUGAUGAUGAUGACAAGGUAUCUCCAGAAGCUGUACCAUUGCCAGAUAUGGCAGUCCCUCCAAGUUUUGACUCAGAUUGCCCAGUACAUAGAUUUCGCUGCCUUGUUACAAAUGACCAAUGGCUUGUGAGACCUGUUCUUGAUCCCCAUGGAUGGGAUCAUGAUGUUGGAUUUGAUGGAAUAAACUUGGAAACAGUUUUGGAAGUGAAAAAGAAUGUUUUUGCUUCAAUUACAGGACAAAUGAAUAAGGACAAGCGUGAUUUCAGUAUUCAAUCUGAAUGUGCGGCAGCAUAUGUAGAUCCUCUGGGGCCUACUUAUUCUGUAGGACUUGAUCUUCAGUCUACUGGUAAAGAUCUUAUGUAUAAUUUCCAUAGCAAUGCAAAGCUAAGGAGCCUCGAGCACAACGUCAUGGAUUGUGGAGUCUCUCUGACAUCAUUUGGAAACAAAUAUUAUGUUGGUGCUAAGCUUGAGGAUACCAUAUUGUUAGGGAAGAGAAUGAAGUUUGUUACGAAUGCUGGGCGAAUGGAGGGUUCUGGACAAGUGGCAUAUGGUGGGAGUUUUGAAGCUACUUUUAGAGGGAGGGACUACCCUGUGAGAAAUGAUAGCGUUAGCCUGACUAUGACAGCUCUUUCCUUCAAUAAAGAGACAGUACUUGGUGGUGGUUUCCAGUCCGAGUUCAGGCCAAUACGAGGCAUGAAGCUGUCUGUUAAUGGCAAUGUAAAUAGCCAGAAAAUGGGGCAAGUUUGUGUGAAGAUGAGUAGCUCUGAGCAUGUGGAGAUUGCACUGGUCGCUGUCUUUUCAAUAUUUAAGGCCCUUUUGCGUAGAAGGCCCACUGAAAAUAGAGACAUUGGAGCAUUGGAGGGAAAGCGUAGUCAAGAAAGCAGACUAUAUAUGGAAUAGUCUUUUCAUCCAAACAGAUGAUAUAUUAUGCAGGAUUUUUCAGGUCAUUCUAGAUAUCGUCUCAGAUUGUUGGAUGCCUUAAUUCAGGUAUGUAGGAGGAAAGACUCAAGUAUUGGAUGUUUGUCCCCAUGGUAACGCCACUAUCCUGAGGAAUCGAUUGCAUUUGAGUACCCAGUAGAGGUGCCGACCGUGGCUGUUGACGCUAUUGUCAAUCAAGCCAAUGAUCGUACAGGAAUUCAUGGGAAAUGAGUUUUUUUGUGAUUCAUGGAAUAAAGCUAAAUAGUUGUAAAAGGUUGACCAAACUUCUCUUUUUUUUUUUUUUCUUUUCAUUUUGGUCUAACGAGUUAAAUGUUGUGGAGCUACAUUUUGUUGUGUUAAAUUGCGAUAUAUAAAUUUUCGAAGUGAUAUCUUUUACUAGGUGAACCUUUUCAUGUUUGAUUUACUUAUUAAAAUGUGAUCCGUCCCAUUACUACUAAGCUGUGUUCUUCCUGAAUUUGGAGGGGACGUUAGAUUCACUUUACCUGAACAUGCAAUGGGAAAGAGUGGAAGCCAGUCAGAGAACAAAGAACAAACAGGAGACAACUGUUCAUUAACUGUAAUAAAUGGACCAUAAGCUUCUUCUGGAAACAACUUCAAUUUGCCCACUCCACACCACCGUCCACGUAUAUCAACAUUCCAUUGACUCAAAAAACCGGGGCGCUUCUCCAAAUUGUCCCCUGUUUAUCAAGGUGGCGAGUUAAAAAGGAGGACGUCCUGAUCUUAUCCAUGGCAUUCUACUCCACGUCCUCUUAAAAAUCAAAUCAUGGUGUCACCUUACUUCCUUUUAGGCCCUAGUUGACGUUGGCAAUUCGGCCAUUUUGGCAUUGUUUUGACUCUUUUUGGUUUGUGCUGUUGUGCACGUGGAAUCUGAUCCAUGGAAAAGAACUUGAAUGAGUUUCAGACCAAAUUGACAUGGUAGCAGC